UGUAAAAUUGUCGAGAUCGGUAGAACGAUUCGUCGGUUCUUCUUCGAGUAGGUCGCGUAAAUUCCUACGCCGGUGUAGAUAAUCCUCCGUGGAAUCUAAGCGUAGUUGAGUUUGACCCGUGAUUCGGUUGUUUUCGUUUUGUUCCUUUUAUUUCGAACAUCUGGUACGCGAACACGUACUGCACUGAAUUCCACCCUAAUAUUAGUCAUAGCUAUUUUUGUUUAAUAUCGAUCAAUACAUUAGAUUCCGGGUGGCUCGGUGUAUAUAGGACCCACUAGAACACAUCAAAGUUAAAGGAAACAAUAGAAAAUAUCGUGCAAUCCAAGAAAAUCCGUUUCAAACACCGGUGGAUGACUCAGAGUGCAACAUAAUCAGCAGCGAAAAGAGAGUGUUGAGAAAACCCACGGACCGUAAAACGCGAGCAGCACAAUGUUCAGUUGGUUAAAACGGGAAACGAAAAAUGAAGAGGUGGUGGAAAAUGUGUUGGGAGAGCUGAAGAAAAUCUAUCGCAGUAAACUGCUACCUCUAGAAGAGCACUACAAUUUUCACGAUUUCCACUCUCCCAAACUGGAAGACUCGGAUUUCGAUGCAAAACCCAUGAUACUGUUGGUAGGACAGUACUCCACGGGUAAAACCACCUUCAUCCGUUAUCUGUUGGAGCGCGACUUUCCCGGUAUCCGGAUUGGUCCGGAGCCAACGACGGAUCGCUUUAUUGCUGUUAUGUAUGACGACAAGGAGGGUAUGAUCCCGGGCAACGCACUGGUGGUCGAUCCGAAGAAACAGUUUCGUCCACUGGAAAAGUAUGGCAACGCGUUCCUAAACCGAUUCCAGUGCUCGACGGUUCCUUCUCCGGUGCUACGAGCAAUCUCGAUCGUUGACACACCGGGAAUUCUAUCCGGCGAGAAGCAGCGUGUUGACAGAGGCUACGAUUUUACUGGCGUGUUGGAAUGGUUCGCGGAACGUGUGGAUCGCAUCAUUUUGCUGUUCGAUGCGCACAAACUGGACAUCUCGGACGAAUUCCGCCGAUCGAUCGAAGCCCUGCGCGGCCAUGACGAUAAGAUACGGAUAGUGUUGAACAAAGCCGACAUGAUCGACCAUCAGCAGCUGAUGCGAGUUUACGGUGCCCUUAUGUGGUCGCUCGGAAAGGUGCUACAAACGCCCGAGGUGGCCCGCGUGUAUAUCGGCUCGUUUUGGGACCAGCCGCUGCGGUACGAUGUGAACCGGCGACUCUUCGAGGACGAGGAGCAGGAUCUGUUCCGUGAUUUGCAGUCGCUACCAAGAAAUGCUGCCCUUCGCAAGCUUAACGAUCUCAUCAAGCGAGCCCGGCUGGCUAAAGUGCACGCGUACCUUAUUUCGGAACUGCGCAAAGAGAUGCCCCAAAUGUUUGGAAAGGACAGCAAAAAGAAGGAACUUAUUAAAAACCUCGGCGCCAUCUACGAUCGCGUUUGUCGCGAGCAUCAAGUUUCGAUUGGUGAUUUGCCGGAUAUCAAGAAGAUGCAGGAGGUGCUCGCUAACCAGGACUUCACCAAGUUCCACUCCCUCAAGAUGUCUCUGCUGGAAGUAGUCGAUCGCAUGCUGGCGAUAGAUAUCGCCCGGUUAAUGGGUAUGAUCCCGCAGGAAGAGAUGCAACUAGUUUCGGAGCCGCUCGUCAAAGGAGGAGCAUUCGAUGGCGUCGAGGAUGUCCUAUCGCCGUUCGGUUACCGGAAGGGAGAGGGCAUCGAUGCCGGGUACGGAGAGGUGGAUUGGAUUUGCAAUCGCGAUCGUGCCCGAACGGAUCCCAUCUUCGAGUCACUGCAGCCGAUUGAUGGAAAGAUUUCCGGUGCCGCCGCCAAGUCGGAGCUGAUCAAAUCGAAGUUGCCGAACAACGUGCUGAGCAAGAUCUGGAAGCUUUCCGACUACGACCAGGACGGUUUCCUAGACAUUGAGGAGUUCGCUCUGGCGAUGCAUUUAAUCAACGUCAAAAUGGAUGGCAACGAGCUGCCAACUGCCUUGCCCACUCACCUGGUACCACCAUCGAAGAGACGGGCGGACUAGGGAUUAGACACCCCGAAAUAACAUCCGUGGCUGAGUAACAUUUCGAUCUUUGCGUUAUAUUCGUGUGCUGGUUCCGCUCUACCGGUACGCUUGAGCUUUGUUUUUCUUUUUACCCCCCCCCCCCCGCCCCCCCUUCUUUUCCUCAUGUGGAAGGCCACCCGUAUUCUUUGGGAUCCUAAUGUUAACUUGAUGACCGCUGGUGGUCGUUCAAUCGAAAAUUUUCCCUCGUGUCUUCGUUGAUAUCGGCUUUUGCUUAUCGUUUAGUCUUUCUUUUUGUUGUUUGCUGUUCGGAAUUAUUUCUUACUUUUUCAGCUCAAUAUCUUUAAUACGAAUGGUUAUCCUACUUGCCAAAAGCACGGGACAUCUCUGAGUUUUUGAGCACUUAAUAGAGCACUAUCAAGCACUCUUUCAGAUUGCUUCUGUCUGCUAACUGUGUGAAAGGUGGGUUUGUUCUACUUCGCCUGUGCCCGCCUUUCCGAUUAGGUAGGAUGCACCUUUUUCUGGAUAGAUAAAAAUUACCAAAAGAACACUCACUGAACAACAUUGAACAUUAUGUGUGAAAUUGUGCAAUAAAAUGCCGGUUCACACAUUGUCAAAUAUCACGGCAUCAUUUUCGUCCUAAGCGGUAAUUUAUUAUUUAUAUUUAGGUAAAGAAACAGGCGUUCAAGAAACACAUUCGUCAAGCACAAGUCGCGAUAGCGUAGAUUUCUUGUCGUUCCGACUAAGAGAAAGAACAAACCCAUAACAACGAGCGUCGAAGAUGAAUAUUUUUCAGUUUUUGUUUUUUUUCAUUUAUAUGUUUGAUGCCUUCAUUUGUAGUUGCUUCCCAUAUCGCGUUAAUAUUAUUUUUAGGCUAGUGGUGCAGUAGGCAAAAAUGCAAUAUUAGUUAAUCAAAAGAUUUUGUAGUGUCUGACUUUUUUGUCGAGAGGAGGAUUAGAAACAACAAGAAAAACAAAUACUGACGAAGUACUUUUGUUGCUUACUCUAAAAGCCAAAUGGAGCUGUGUUUGCAAAGUAGUUUGUUUUUUGAUUAACGGCAGAAGUAAUCGUGAACCUUCCAAAGUACUAUGGAAUUGCAAAUAGAACUACUUGUUCUAUAGUUUUGUACCAUAUAAACUGACGGCUUCAGGUGGCAAUUGUGGUAUAAGUGCCGUUAAAAUUCCACUCUAAUCCUCUUGGGUCUUUCGAGUCCCUCUCGGAUAGUGUUCAUUUUGUACAGUGCUCAAUUUUGCGCUACCUGGAUUAUAAUUUUUGAAUACUAAAUUAACUUUUUCCCCUUUUUGUGUUUGCUACACAACGGGCAAAUAAGGGCAUCUUAAGCAGGUUGGUCGUUAGUGUUGCUUUUCAAUAAACCACUUACACUUCUACCUUGUUCCUGCUUUAAAAGCAUCCGUAGCAAAAUCCCAUGGGGCGACAACAAACGGCAGUAGUCUACUGAAAGGAACUAGCGAUGGAAGGUGGUAUUCAAAUUUUGUUUUCAAGUUGAACGAGUUUUUGUGCUUUUCAUGCAGCUUCUCCCGAUCACCAUCGGUAUUGGCAUGGGUGAUAGUAAACUAGCGUACCAUGUCCUGAUACUUUUCAAAUAGUUUCGUGCGGCACGAUAUUGACUACCAAUGAAUCGCUUUGUCAGUUUUGCUAUUACAUUGUAUAGUACAGCACUUUACUCCACGCAUCAGCCGUAUAAGGUAAAGCAUUUUCGCAUCUAACAAGAUUCAAAAUGGAGCACAUAAAGGAGGGCCGUAAGGAUUUUCAAUUCGUUGUCAGUAAAGUUCAGUAAGUUUGUGUUGUUCAAGAUUUAAAAAGAAAAUCGUAAUUAGCUUUCAGUAUGUUUAGUGUACCGUGUUAGAUUCGGCUUUGUUGAAUGUUGUCCGUUUAGAACCGAUUAAUGUAGCUCCUCACCAUUUGCAUUUGCUUGCUCGAUGAUUUCAACCGAAUCAACAAAUAUCAUAAUGACACAUGGUCGGAAAUUGCCGGAAUAGCGAGAAUACCACAAAAGUAAUCUAGACCCAUUUCGGCUGGCGCGACAACGUGAAAUUCAUUUUACUUUUUGUUCGUUGGUUGCGCUGCCUCGUCCAAAGUACCCUUUCUAUCCGCUGCCUCAUAUAGUUAUUAUUGCCCAUUUGUUGCGAAAUGGUUCACGCGUUAAUACACAGUUCGGCAAGCAGUGGAAAUUAAGGCACAGACUGCGAGAUUUCGGCAACCGCUAUGAGACUCUUGGGCAUAUGUGACGGUGUAUCAAUAAAACGGUUCCCAGAAACGUCAUCGUGCAUAAAUAUUAUACACCUAUAUAAACAUAUAUUUACAAUGGCAUGGUAAGCAUUUUUUUAUGGAAUUUGUAUGAUAGGAAACCUCGUUGAUAACCAAGCGAAUGAGAUAGAUAAACGAUGAAAUUACGAGAGGGUGAGUUAAUGGAAGGAAAGGUAAUAAAAUCGUGGAGAAAGAUGUGAUGAAAAAACCAACAUUGUUCUAAUCGUAAAAAAGCAAAAGCCCGGCCACGUGGUGCACGUUCUAAUGUGGCUGAGAAAUGCGCGAAGACGCGAUUCAGUUCAUCGCUGGCGAACGGCUUAUUAUCCUAUCAUUAUCUGACGGGAAAAGAAAACUAAUUCCAUGGCAGGAAAAAAAUAUUAGCGGACAAGAAGUCUCUAUAACGCCCAUCCGCGGCGAGAAAAUCAACUCGGUUCGAAAAACAUCGAAAUGCCGUAGGCAUUGGCGCACGUCUUCGAUAAGCAAAUGUUGUAAAAAGAAAUGAAUCAUAACGGAA